ACUGACAGUUGUUUUUGUUGACGUUUAUCAAUCGAUUUAUAAUAUGAAUGACCUCAAAUUUCCAUAAAUUACUUUAGAAUAAAUUAUUUAAUGCCCCAAAGCAACUGUUUCUCGUAUUUCGCAAAAAUGGAUGAAGGCAGUGAUUUAUCCGGAGACGUUACGGUAGUGGACGUUUAUGAUAUCGCAUCUGAUAUUGGAAAAGAAUGUGAAAAAAUAAUAGAUCAGCACGGAGCCGAUGCUAUGACUGCGCUUAUGCCGAAAGUAAUUAAUGCCCUAGAACUUUUGGAGAAUUUAGCUACGAAAAACGAAAGGGAAAAUACUUUGUUACACGAGCUGCAAGCUAAGAUAUCUCAACUGGAAAAUGACAAACUCGAGAAAGCAGAGUACAGGAAUAAAUUUGAAAAGGAAUUAGAGAUAAUAGAAGAGCAAUGGCGUUCCGAAACUAAAGAACUGAUUGGGAUGGUUUCCAAACUUCAAGAGGAAAAUAGACGAUUAAUUAAAGAACAAAGUCCCAAUCAUACGCCUACAAAUGUAACUCCAACUACAGAAAACGAUAUUUUAAGAAGAUUAAAAGAUUCUGUUGAAAAACAUCGAGAUGAAAUUAAACUUAAAGAAAAAUUGUUACAAGAAAAAAAUAUUGAUGUAGAUAACCUAAAAACACAAGUUGAAAGAUUGACGAGUUCUAGUAGGGAAUUGAGGAGAAAACAUAAAUCGAUGCAAAAUCAAGUGAGGACUCUUUGUGAUGAGAGAGCAGACUUUCUUGUACAAUUGCAGGACCAACAGAGGGAUAUAUCAGCUCUGAGACAGCGAUUAGGUUUAGCACAAAAGGAAAAUGAAGAUUUAGUUAAGGGCGAUGUUCCGAUACCUAGUAACAUGGCAGUAUUCGAUUUGGACGAUCCGAAUAGACCCCGAUUCACGACGCAGGAGUUGAAGGAUAUUUUACACGAGAGAAAUGAACUAAAAGCAAGAGUAAGCGAUUUAGAAGACGAAUUAGAGACAUACCGACCAAAAAAUAAAGCCGAAACCCCAAAAAGACUAAUUAUCCCCACAAUGGAUAAAGUAGAAACAACUUGCGAAAGUUUAUUAGAUAAUAUAAAGAAACCUGAAACUCCACCUCCCGAAGAACAACCUUUGGACGAAGAUGCUCCUGUCCAAGGUCCCCUUCCCUAUGAACCUGAUGAUGCUCCCUGGAAAAAGACCACGGAAUCCGGAAUAAGAAAGUUUUUUCGGAAGUUGUUUUCGGAAAGCGGUAAUGGUGGUAGUUUUCCAAAACGUAGUCUUUCCACCUUGUCUAAGAUGGCUCUGUCUUCGACUAGCGAACCACUUUCCAUAUAAUUAUUUAUCGUCGCACCAUUCAUUUUAUGAAUAUUGUCUAAUUCUGGAAACCGACUACGUUCAUCAUUCCAUGUAAAAUUGACAAAAAAUUACAAAUGGAUUGAUUGAUUGAUUAAAAUAAAUUGAAGCUCUCUUUUAGAACGUUGUUAGUAAAGUAAAAAGAAUCAGUGCCAAAAAUUACAAAUAUCGGUUAGAGAAGUUUUAGUAGCAAGUCUAAUUUCCCUUUUUGAUUCAUUAGAUGAAAAUAUUGUGAUCAAAAAUUUUUAGUCGCUUUGUUUCCCUAUAUAUAUAUAUAUAUAUAUAUAUAUAUAUAUAUAUAUAUAUAUAUAUAUAUAUAUAUAUAUAUAUAUAUAAUAUAUAUAUAUAAUAUAAAAUAUAUAUAAUAAAAUAGCACGAUGUGUAGCAUAAUGCGAUCUGAUAAUCCGAUUUUCGUUUUUCACAAUUAAAUCGUUUCCAUUCCCAAAUAGAUUUAUAUUUAAUAAAUUAUUAAGUUUACCAUUAAUCUCUGUAUAUAUUUAUUUAUAUUGUAUAUUUUAUUGACAUGUUGUUUUUGUAAACACUAAUUUGCAAAAAAAAUUUUAAAGGAUUUAUUUAAUGAGAUAAUUUAGUACGGGAUAUUGAAAAAAAUUUGAUCCUUGAUAAUUCGAAUUUUAGGGAUAGUCGGGUGUUUUUUUUG